UUCCGUCUCGAUCUCCUUGUCGAGAAAAAAAAAAGCCCGGGAAAACAAAAUUUGAUCACACCGCCUUCAGCAUCCCCUCCACGAACGACAUUGACGUUCGCCUCGCAUCGUCACCAUGUCAGACCCAGAAAGCGACUACCUCCAGCCGGGUUUCGACCCUCGUACCUUGACGAUUCCCCGGCUGCGCUCGAUCAUGGUCACUUACAAUAUUCCUUUUCCCUCCAACGCAAAGAAGGGCGAGCUGAUCGAGCUUUUCAACGACCAUGUCGCCCCGCAGGCGCACAAGAUCCUGGCCAAGCGCGAACGGGCAAAGCGUUCGAGCAUGGGCAUCACCGACGCCCAAAUGAUGCAUUCUGCCUCGAUGGAGGACAUGGACGAUUUUGAUGAGGAGCCCCGCGCCCGCACCACGCGGUCGAGGUCGCCGAGGAAAAUCUCCCGGGUUAAGCGCGAGUCGGAGGAACCGGAGCGUCUGAUGCAGUCGGUUGAACGCCCUUUGAGUCCUCGCAAGCGGUCCGUGCGAUCUGUCAGCCGUCAAGCGCCCUCAGACGCAGAGACUGACGGUGACAACCGUUUGGGGGUCCGCGCAACAUCAAGACGGAGUGUUACACCGGCAGUUAAGCUCGAGGCACCUGUCGAGAGGAGGGAGAACGUGUUUGCCUCGCCUCGGCGCAGCGAAUAUAAUAUGCUUUCCGAGGAGGAAGAGGUUGAAGACGGGAACCCCUUCACCAGCGACAAUCCGUUCCAGAGCGGUAGCUCCCCGCCAACUGUCAAGACGCCCAGCAAUAGGCGUCGAACCACUGGUGGGUCGGAAUUGUCCGUAUCAAAAAACAAGUCUGCACAGAGGAGGCGCACCGAUGGGCCCAUUAUCCAAGAGCCCACGUCACGCAAGAUAUCGAGGACUUAUGAGAUCCCUAUGAGCGCGCUCAGGGGACCCAGAACACCAGAGCACCUGACGUCGGUCGAGCCCGGGGAAGAAUUUACUCCCGAUGAGCAGCUCGAAUUGGCGCAGGAGGAAGCAGAGCACGGUGUAGUCGCCAGGCGGGAAGUUGAACCCCCGAAAAGUCGCAGCUGGGCGCCUUUUUGGGUUGUCAUUUUCAUGCUUUUGGGCGUCUAUGGUGGCUGGUACAGACAAGAGAAGAUCAAAGUCGGCUACUGCGGGCUUGGCCAACCGGCCACAGCGAUCCUGCCCCCAGAAGUGCAAGAAAAACUGCCAGAAUGGGCAGAGAUACUUGUAGAGCCCCAAUGCGAGGCUUGCCCUGCUCAUGCAUACUGUUAUGAGGAUUUCUCGGUCCGCUGUGAGGAUGACUAUCUGAUGGUCCCCCACCCGCUCUCGCUCGGUGGUCUUAUACCCCUUCCACCGACCUGUGAACCAGACGGAGAAAAGGUCAGACGAGUGAAGGCUGUGGCGGACAAGGCUGUGGAAGAACUCAGGGAGCGCCGCGCACAAUACGAGUGUGGGACGACGGCUAAGACGGAGGAAGAGAAGCCUGCAACACCUUCAAUAGAAGAGGAGGUUCUGAAGAAUCUCCUAAGCGAAAAGAGGAGCAAGAAGAUGGGGAAGCAGGAGUUUGAUGACCUAUGGGAGGCUGCCAUCGGUGAUAUCAAGGACCGUGACGAGGUCGAGGAAGAGGAAGACAAGGUCUUAGAUUCCUCCGCCGUUUCGCAUACCCGAUUAUCGUCCACCUCCCUUGCUCGACUUCCGCUCACCUGCUCGCUACGACGAACGUUCCGACUCGGACUGGAGCGAUAUAGACUCUAUCUUUGCGCUGUAGUCGUCCUUGUUCUAGGUGGCUUCUGGGCCCGCUUCAAGUACCGGCGCCACGUGGCGACCAAGGCGCAGGUGCCUCGCCUUGUGGACAUGGUCUUGGAGCGGCUGGCGGCCCAGAAGGAGCUCGCUUACGACACGGGCGAGGACGACCCAUUCCUGUUCCUCCCCAACCUACGCGAUGAUGUGCUGCGUGAAAAGCACUCUCUAGCUGAGCGGGAGCGAAUCUGGCAGCGCGUCCGCACCGUUGUUGAGCAGAACAGCAACGUCAGGCAGGGGCAGCGGGAGGGUCGCGAUGGAGAGGUGGGCCGUGCAUGGGAAUGGAUUGGGCCGACUGCGGGCGGUGGCGCCAUUGGCAGUGCCAGUGGUGCACGCCGUCGCACGCUCGGCGGACGCGUCUCGUUCGGCCCCGGCUUGAGCGACAAAGAAGAGCACGAUUCAAGUGCACUUGUCGAGAGCCCGGCGGACAGGACAGCGACGCACAAGAAGUGGAGGGAGGGCGGUGGUCGGCCGGCGUUUUGAACCACGACGGCCUGAUGUGGAGUCCGGACUUAAUGGAUGGGAUGGGGGGCUGUAUGUGGGAUGUGUUGGCGGGCGUCUGGGUUGGGUUGACUUUUUGCUUCGAGUGAUGGGGAUACCAUUUCAGAGGCUGGAUAAUUUGUCAUAGGAGCCUCUUUUUCUUUUGUCGGGGGGCUCGUAUGUGUCUUUCUCUUUGUUGUUUAUCAGUCUGUCUCAUUACCCUGGAAGCGCCUUUUGUUUUUCCAGUCAUGGCCUCAGUACUUGGCCUUCUCAUAUCAUUCUCCUUUGUGUCGACAUUUUUCUCUUGUGUAAUCACAUUUGAUAUUUGACCGAACUCGCUCUGCCAAUGUUGCGUAUUCACAAUCUCAAAACGCUUGCUUACAAUCGCUUGCCAGUAUGGGUAUUUUAUUGUGUUGCGGGCCUUGCAUGACUAGCCGUUUUUGACCACAUGCAGCAACUGCAGCGUGUAAGUCGGGGCGUGGAUAAGGG